AUGUCUUCAGCUAAUGAAGAUACGGGUGCCAGCUCAGGCACCAUUAACAUAACGAUUCAUUGGACUGGCGGUCGAGAAAAGUUGGAAAUCUCAGAUUCGAGCAUAGGAAUAGAUGAGCUCAAGGCUAGACUCGCUACAAUCACGGGAAUCACUGCUGAGCAACAACGACUGGUAUCCUCAGGAAGAGUCAUUGCAAGUGAAGGCACUGUGGACGAACUCAUAAAGGACGGCUCAAUCAUAACCAUCGCCAAAGCUACUGUCCGUGAAGCUGUCCCUGAUCCAGUAGCUCAAGCUGCUGUACUAUCUCAGCCUCCACCGCAGCAAAAUGUCUUAGGAAUACCUCCAGAGAUGAUGCCUAUGAUGCAGCCUAUGCUUGAUCAAUUCUCGCAGAAUCCUGCGUUACUCUCAUCUCUCAUGCAGUCAGAUCCUAGAAUGAGGAAUCUGAUGGAAAAUAAUCCGGAACUACGGAGCAUGAUGCAAAGUCCUAGUUUUCUUCGUCAGAUGGCAGAGACUAUACGGAACCCAGCAGCCAUGCAAAACAUGAUGAGAUCAACAGAUCGACAAUUAGCGAACAUAGAAAACAUACCAGGAGGAUUCGCUGCAUUGUCAUCUCUGUAUUCUCAAAUGGGAUCAGACGAACGACCAUCAGACCCAUCAACCGAUGCAGCAAAUCAAGCUCUAGCUCAGCAGCUAGGUGCUGACGACAGAACCCAACCACUACCAAAUCCAUGGCAACCUAGACCACCACCACAACAAUCUGCAGCAUCACGACCAAAUGUGGGCUUCCCGUCAGCAUUCGGUGGCCUACCUCCGUAUUCUGCUUUAUACAAUAAUCCGUAUAUGAAUCCAGCUAGCCCAACAAAUCCAACAGCAAAUCCAACAGGAUAUCCAGGAUACAAUCCCGAAAUGUUGAGAUCGUUAUUAGGUUCCAUGCCUCAACAAAGCCAACCGCCAUAUAAUAAUAUUUCCACACCACCAGUAAAUCCAUUUAUGAACCCAUAUUCUCCCUUCUUUUACCCAUCAAUGGCUCAACAACAGCAGCAAUCAACAACAGGAGUUACGAGCCCCACUUCUGCUACUACGACGACACCACCAUCAUCAACUCAAACUCUUGAAGAAGCAAGGACGCGAUAUCAAUCUGAACUUGAGUCGCUGAAUUCUAUGGGAUUUACAAAUGAGGAAGUGAAUAUUAGGGCGUUGAGGAUGUCUGGUGGUAAUGUACAGGCUGCUAUAUCAUUCCUUCUUGGAGAAUGA